ACAGACUGCAAAGAUGCUGAGGAUCCUGCUGCUGAGUGUGCUGGCCGCUUUGGCCCUGGCUGAGCCCAAAUAUCUGGAAGAUCUGGCCCUCGAGGAGAGGGUUAUUGGUGGAGAUGUGGUAAAGCCCAACUCCUGGCCCUGGCAGAUCUCUCUCCAGUAUAUGGAGGGUGGCUCCUACUCUCUUUACUGUGGUGGGUCUCUGAUCAAACCAGGAUGGGUGAUGACGGCCGCCCACUGCGUUGAAACCUCAAGAAAUUGGCGCGUUGUCCUGGGUGAACACAACAUCACCAUCCACGAGGGUCCCGAGCAGUACCUGAACGUCAGCGAUGUGUACAUCCACCCCAACUGGGACAGCAACAGUUUGUCUUCUGGAUAUGAUAUUGCUCUUCUUCGUCUGUCCACUGAUGCCACUCUGAACUCAUGUGUGCAGCUGGCCACCCUGCCACCCUCUGGACAGGUUCUGCCCCACAAUGUUACAUGUUACAUCACCGGCUGGGGGCGCACAUCGAAUGGUGGGUCGAGCUCUGAUGUGCUGAGACAGGCCCCUCUGCCUGUGGUCGACUACAAUACCUGCUCUCGUAGCGACUUGUGGGGUAGCUACGUGAAGGAUAACAUGAUUUGUGCUGGUAACAGCACCCAAGCUGGAUGUCAUGGUGACUCUGGUGGUCCUCUAAAUUGUCUGGUCAGCGGUCAGUACGUUGUCCAUGGUGUGACCAGCUUUGGGUCAGGAGCAGGUUGUAGUACCUACAAGAAGCCAACAGUCUUCACUCGAGUGUCUGCCUACAUCGACUGGAUUAAUGGCAUCAUUGGAUAAACAGAAAAAAACAUCUUCAAUUUACAUCUACAAUGUGCAAAAGUACAACAGACUCUGCAUCUGUUCUCUGACCACUUUUUUUAAUCAUUUAAUCUAGUUUGAUUAUUAAAAAAU